CUUAUCCUUCUCGUCAUCUCAGAUCUCACACAUCCUACCUUCUAGCCGUCCUCGAAGCCCCACGUGUCCUCUUCUCAGACUUGUCAUAAGGCCCGCUAUCAGCCUCAAACCCACUCAAUCACCGAUCACAACAUCAACAACCAUGAGGAACCCCGCCACCACCAACUGGAACCUCAGCGUUUCUCGCAACGAUGCCGAGAAGCUCCUCAAAGGCUUCCAGCCAUCGCAAAUGGAAGACCGCUGGAUGUGCCGCGCGGAUAAGCCGGACGCCCGCGGCGACUUCGUAGUCCACCUACACAGGAGCUGGACUGGGGAUGAACAGUUUCGCAUGAACGUGGUCUUGGCGGCUCCAGAUGGGGGCGACGUAACUGCACCUACCGAUGAACGCCAUGCCACUAUAACCGAACUCACUUGGGAUAAGGGAGAGGGUCAGUUUCUCGCAACCGAGGAAGAGGCCAAGGAACUAGCGACUAAACUCUGUCGGGGCGUGCUGGGCUGUGACUUUGCCGCAGCUCAGACGAUUUACUGCUGCGUUAGCAACGACCAGGACCAGGUUGUACCCAUGGACGAUCAGACUGAGAGAUGUUGCCAGGCUUCGGAGGGUAACAUGCAGGGUCAACACGAGUGCGCGCUUGAAGUAGGACUCUUCGGCUUCAGUCAAUGCUGUCGCCAGCAGAGCACGUCCACCUGCAACUUCUGAUUUAUCAAGGGUGCGAAGGUUGGUGGCGCAACGGGGAAUUGCCGAGGCCUCUCACACAUUAUCAAGGCUGUUGGAGAUUGGAAUCUGGAUAUCAUGGGCAGCAGGUUUUAUGAAAUCUUCCUGAAGC